AUGUUCCUCGCGUUCGUCCUGGGACUCUACCUGGCGACAGGUGCGCUACCCUCCUCGGUGAGCGCGUGCCCGUCACAGUGCAGCUGUUUUUUUCACAACCUGAGUGAUGGAUCUUUGGCCAGGUGAGUAGAAGAAACGAACCAAACCAAAUUGUCGCUUUAUGUGCAUGGUUUUAUUUGUUUGUGCAGACGCAUUCCGUUUAAUUGAAGAGGCUUUUCUCGCAUGAUUACAGAUGUUGACCCCUCACUGUGAAAUCAGCACGUGGACAAAGUGAAUUAUUGGGAGUGCAUGAUGUCCAAUUUUAUUUAAUGCAGGAUUAUCUUGCAAAGGCACACUGACCAACUCUCCAUCUCUGUCAAUCUCUCUGAGUUUAGUUUUUAGUGAGAGUGUUAGGCCUACAUGUAGGCUUUUGAAUCAGUUGACUAUAAUUACAAUACCAUAAUUAUAAUAUUAAUUGGCACAUAGCCUAUAUUAAUUAACUUAUAUGAAAACCCAAUUUGGCAUUUCACAUAAAUAAUUUACACCAAUAAUAAAAAAUUAUUUUUACAAAAAGACAGUUAAAAUAAUAAUAAUUUGUGUUCCUUUCCUCACACAUUUUUAUUUAAAUAACAUAAGCCUAGGUUUAACACAUCCCGUUGUUUCCUCAGGAGCGUCAUUUGCAAUGACCCCGAGAUCUCCCUUGUGCCUGCCAGUUUCCCCGUGGACACGUCCAAGCUGCGCAUCGAGAAAACAGCCAUCCAUCGGAUCCCAAGCAAAGCCUUCAGCUACCUCCCCAAUCUGGAGUUCCUCUGGAUGUCCUUCAAUGUGCUGUCCGCCCUCAACCCGGACAGUUUCCGUGGGAUGCUAAAUCUGGAGGAGCUGCGACUGGAUGGGAAUGCCCUCACCGCAUUCCCCUGGGAGUCUCUUAUGGAUAUGUCCAGCCUCAGGCUGCUCGACUUGCACAACAACCAGUUGACCUCAGUUCCCGCAGACGCCACAAUUUAUAUAAAAAACCUGACCUACCUGGAUCUGUCCAGCAACAACCUCCUGACUGUCCCGGCCGAGGUGCUCGCCACCUGGCUAGCGGUUAAACCUGUGCAGAGCGCAGAGAGCUCCAAAAUGAUACUUGGUAAGGGAGAGCGAUUUUUCCUGAUAUUUAUCUAACAAUUAAGCAGGUGAUCGCAUGUACCAUUGAGAUACACUCUCAUUUACAAGGGAGAUGUGGCUGGAAGGCAGCCACAAGACAAUCAUACAUCCAGAUCAGGCAUGUUUUCCAUCAUAUGAAUGCCUCUACCACUUGUGAUAAAAAAUUGCUUAAGGAAGCUAGAUCUUUUUCAGUCACUCAGUUGUUGGUUGAAAAAUCUCUCCAAAUUGAGAAAAAAAGAGAUACUGUAUACAGACGAAUGUGUGAUAUGUUCCCAAAUCCUCUGAAAAAGCCAACAUGAUCUGAGUAUUGUGCAAUCACUCCCUAAAUCCCAAUUUAACCAUAAUUGUUGCCAUUAUCGUUGUCAUCAUCAUUGGCCAGCAGCAUACCACCCUACAUCCUACUACUGGCUUGCCUCUAAAGCUAAGCAGGGUUGGUCCCUGGAUGGGAGACCAGAUGCUGCUGGUAAGUGGUGUUGGAGGGCCAGUAGGAAGUACUCUUUCUACUGGUCAAGAAAAAUAUCCCAAUACCCCAGGGCAGUGAUUGGGAACAUUGCCCUGUGUAGGGUGCUGUUUUUCGGAUGGGAUGUUAAACGGGUGUCCUGACUCUCUGUGGUCUCUAAAGAUCCCAUGGCACUUAUUGUAAGAGUAGGGGUGUUAGCCCCGGUGUCCUGGCAAAAUGUCCAAUCUGGUCCUCAUACCAUCAUGGCCACCUAAUCAUCCCCAGCUUCCAAUUGGCUCAUUCAUCCCCCCUCCUCUCCCCUGAAACUAUUACCCAGGUUGUUGCUGUAAAUUAUAAUGUGUUCUCAGUCAAUUUACUGGUAAAAAAAAAACACUUGAGAUAAAAAAUAUAUAUAUUUUAGUCACUCAGUUGUUGGUUGAAAAAUCCCUCCAAAUUUAGAAAAAAAUUGAGAUAUACAGACAAAUGUGUGACGUGUUCCCAAAUCCUCUGAAAAAGUCAACAUAAUCUGAAUAUUGUGCAAUCACUGCCUAAAUCCCAAUUGAACCAUCGUCGUCGCCGUCAUCAUUAUCGUUGUCAUCAUCACCACACCCGCAUUGUAGUUUAUUCUAGAAUGUAAGUAAUCCUCACACAGACAUCCACAGCAGUCAUCUGUAGCUGUACAGUAAAGCUGUGCAACCAGAGAGACACUGUCAUUCCUUUCAUUCACGAUGUGUUUGUAAAGUGACCAGGCCCAGGAAAAACUCUGGGCCUUUCUUAUAAUGUCCCCUCCACUUCAUACUGUAACUUUUACGUUCUCCCCUCACCUCUGACCCCACCAACCCUCAUUAGUAUCCUUUUUUAUUUUAUUCAUCACAGAAUUCAGAGUUCAAUUGUAUUCUGCCAUGUGAAUUAAUGAGUUGAACUUAAACCAUCCAGGUCUCCAUGACAACCCCUGGGUGUGUGACUGCCGCCUGUAUGACCUGGUCCAGUUCCAGAAGUCGCCAACGCUCUCCGUAGCAUUCAUCGACACACGCCUCCGCUGCGCCGCUCCCGAGAGCCUGUCAGGUGUUCUGUUCAGCGACGCCGAGCUACGGAGGUGCCAGGCGCCGCGCAUCCACACAGCGAUGGCACGCGUCCACGGCGCCGUGGGAAACAACGUGCUGCUGCGCUGCGGAACCAUUGGCGUUCCCAGCCCGGAUCUGGCCUGGCGGAGGGCGGAAGGGAAAGCCCUGAAUGGGACAGGUGAGUCAGCAAGGGAUUUGUGUAUGUGUGCUUCUAUUCCUUUCUCUCUCUGUGUCUGUGUGAGUAUAACACUUCAGCUCUACUAUAACUCUUCAGCUCCACUACACGUCGCGUUGCUUUGCCAUCAGCGUCGUGUCAAUGUGCUGUUCUACCUGCUUAACAGAGCGCGUUGUUUUGAGAGCGGAGAGGAGCAGAGGGGAAGAGCGUCUUUAUUCUAUUUUCUACUGUACUGUACCAUAUUAAUCGAUUAUGCAUAACUACAAUAGCUUUGGUCCAGUUUUUCAAAAAUACUCAUUAAAUUGUUGCUAGUGGUUGUACUAAAUUAUUGUCUAAUUACACAAGUUGCUUUUGUUUACAUUGUGAACCUAGCUAAUCAAUGUAGCUAGCUAGCAAGUAGUAGUAGCUUCUUGACUUCAUAAAGACUGUGUUAGGCCGUAGUUGUCUGAAGCGUGCUAUAGAGUUCACAGCUGGCAAUGCCUCCUCGCGAUUAGUUAUUCCCCAUCAUUUGCAACAUUGCAUGUCAAUGAGCGUCAUCACUAUCUUUCCUUUGCUGUACCUUAAACUGUUGUGACUACCAGCUGAGGUAAACUUUUACGAAUUGAAAUUACUCCUGGCUCAGAGUUUGUCUGAGCAGUGUCUUAACAUCAUCCUAAAACCUACUCUGAGAGUUAUUUUUUGUCUUAAAACUGGUUUUAACAGGAUUCCUAGGACCUUUUCUGAGACGCUUUGUGGAUAUGGCCCCUGGAUUAAAAAACACUUUCAAUGGGAAUCUCCCCUGUCUUUGUAUGACUUUUUAGUAUUUAGUAUUUUUAUUUUUUACUCUGACUAAUAGUAUGUCCAUGUCUCUUCUCUUGCUCUACAGUCCAGCAGGAGAACUCCAAGGAAGGCAUCAUCUGGUCCAUCCUCAGUGUCCCAGCCGUGUCCUACCGUGACUCAGGGAAGUACGUCUGCACGGCCACUAACUACGCUGGAAUUGCAGAGACCGUCAUCUCCCUGGUCAUCUCCGACGCUCCCCCAAAACCCGACAAUAACAACAACCAAACCAGCGUGGUUGCUGCUGCUGUAAAAAAAAACAAAGUCAAGAAACCCAACGGGAUGGGGAAGGUAGCAUACCAGGAGAAACUUGUGGCUAGGUUAGUGGUUCCCACCCCCACCCCUCCACCCCCACCUGCUGUGGUGGACUCCAGCCCUGAGCCUGAGGGAGUGGGAAGUGUGGCAGAUAGAGCCACCCCUGGACAAGCCAGGUUGCCCAGUCCAGACGGACUCCUGGAGCUGGAGAAGACCAACCUGAGCAACCUGGCUCAGGCCCAGUAUGACCCGGACCGGAUAGUUCGCUCGGUCAAGGUGUUGGGCGACACGGAGAACACCAUCACCCUGAACUGGCGGGCACCCAAGGCCAAGAACACCACAGCCUUCAGUGUGCUCUAUGCCGUCUUCGGCGAGCGAGACAUGCGCAAGAUCAACGUGGCGGCGGGCCAGAAUCGGGUCUUCAUCGAGGGCCUGGUGCCCAAGACCAAGUACAUUGCCUGCGUGUGUGUCCGGGGCCUGAUCCCCAAGAAGGAGCAGUGCGUCAUCUUCUCCACCGACGAGGCGGCCAGUGCCGCUGGCACCCAGAAGCUCAUCAACGUCAUUGUGAUUACGGUGGCUUGCGUCAUUGCUGUGCCGCUCACCGUCAUCGUCUGCUGUGGCGCGCUCAAGAGGCGCAUCCAGAAGAUGUGGGGCAAGAAGUCCAAGGACAUCCAGGACUCGUAUGUGACUUUUGAGACGCUGUCCCCCGGAACCAAGGCUAAAGGGUUGGAGGGUGAGUACCUGACCAGACUCAAUCCAGAGGAGUCCAACCGGCUGCUGUCGGCCCGCUCCAGUCUGGACUCGGAGGCCACGGCUAAGAUAGAGGGACAGCCCAACGAGUACUUCUGCUGA